GCGGAUGACUGUGUCAUGUGCAGAUCCAUAAAAACUUUGGCUGACACUAUUCAGUUUCAGAGAGAUCUAGAUAGUCUAUCAUUGUCAUUGUGGGAGCUGAAAUGGAAGAUGUCUUUUAACAUAGAAAAAUGUCAUAUCAUGCAGUACAUCUGAUUACCACAAAUUUUCUUUCUUUCCAAGAACAGUUGUACAAUGGAACACACUUCCAUCUUAUGUAGUCAGCGCUGACACGAUCCCUGGAUUUAAAUCAGUGCUGUCUACAUCAGUGUUCCUUCCUUUUUAUCACUGUUGAUAGGAUUUUCCUGAGUGGAUUGAGUAGCUCGGGAAACCUAUCAAUCUAUUUCUUUUUAACCCCCCACGCAUGGCCAUAAUGUAUCAGUAAUGAACAUAGCCAUUAUUAUUAAAGAAGAAGAAAAAAAGAAGAGCGCCCUUCAAAAUGAAAGUACAGGGAGACAUUUUUGACAUCAUUUUGUUCCACGGGCCGGAUAUUUGGAGUUAUAGCAUGUGGCCGCGAAAAAUGUUCAACCUGGAUUUGGAAACGAGACAGAAGUCAACAAAGUUGUAUAUACAUAUCAGCAAAACAUACUGAAAUGUUUGACAAAUAAUAGCUCCAGUUACGACUCAAUCAAUGCGUUUUAAAGAACAGGCCUUGAAGAUGCUGUGUGUAAAAUAUCAUCUAAAAAUGUCAACUCUUUAUCGUGAUAUGCAGUCUUGAACAUCAAAGUGAUCCGCUAUGGGUAAUGAUCCGGGCCAGACUAUAAUCUACACAAAAGAGCUCAUAAAUACCCAUAUGGCUGUUUAUCCAGCAAAGCUGUAUGCAACCAAUCCUGCGUAUGGACUCAGAGACAUUGUCUGGCAUGUGAUUGCCUUGUUGAAAAAGGGUCACAAGGUAGCGAUUUUAGAUGGACAUGGCAGCAGGAAGACCAGAGUGUCGUAUAUCAGGAUUUUUAAAAAGAAGAUUGCUGAUGUAACCAUAGCCCAGCUGAGUGUUCUUCCCCGUCAUGGCUUGUGGCAGGUGUCCUGGAGCAGGGAGCUACAGCAUGCAGCUUCUGGAGCAAUAGGUGGCCUUGAAGGUGCAGAGAGUAGUACUGGAACAUUGGCGGACUGGUUUAGUGAUGAAACAGAUGCUGAAGUAAACUACAAGAAUGCAAAAGUUCAGAAACCAGAUUCCACAGAAGGCUGUCAACUGUUUGAGCGAUGCAUUUGUUUAUAUGCACUGUCCAAUUAUAAGUUUGAAGUGCCCGCCCUUUUCCUCCAGUGGGAGUGUGUGUCUGGUUGCUACGCCGAUGACAAGCUAUGUUCUACUGUUGCCAUGGUGAUGGAGAUCUGGUACCGGGCAUAUACGUGUGGCAGGAUAAUUCUAGUGUGUGAUGGCCGACAACUGAGGACAGGUGAGAUAACCAAAGUGCAGAUGCAGACACACCUAGAUAGAGUGGGGUCAGCCAUUUGUAGAAAGUUCCAGAGCUGCCCGGUGUAUGUGAUCACAGUGGGGGAGGACAUCGUGGGGGGAGAGUUUGUGCUGCCACCGAGGCCCGGUGUACUGGCCUUCCUGCAGGGCAGACAUGGCCUCAACCUGCACUCCAGGAGGACUCUCUACCUUUUCCAAACAGCAGAUCAUGCAAACAUGGCUGAACAUGCAGGUGUGAGGCAUUUAAAGGUUUCAAAGGUCAUGGAACAUCCAGCGAUGGUAACAUCCAGCCUCUCUGUCAAUACUCCAGCCAUUCCUGCCCCACUGACUGACAUGAAAAUUGUGCCCAGCCAGCAUGGUACAGAGUCUCGAAUUCCAUUUGUUGAUGAGCUGGAAGCAUUCACCAAUGGGAGAAUAGUAAGAAACCUGCCAUGCGGGAAACUGGAGUGUAUGUAUGCUGUCACCAAGGACUGUGUCUUAAGCUACCAAAAGCUCUAUGAGGAGCACGCAACAAAAAUCAGUGAUCAAGGGAGUCGAAUGUCACCAAAAAAGAACCAUUCUAAGCUGGAAACAGAUGACAUGAAAACCAGUCAGAGUAGUGCAUUGAAAUCACAUGAUCUUGCUGGUGACAAAUCUAAAAGCAGUAUCAGUUCAAGGGACCUGCCCAACUGGAUGAUGAAGAAGACAAGCAUUCAUGGGAGUGUCACACACAUGCAAGACUCCACAGAUUCCUUGAAGGCAAAGAAACAUAGUAAGACCUGGUAUGUUAUGACAGAGAAGGAGUUGACAGAGGUGGCCUUUGACAUACUGAAACAGGCUGGAAAAGACGACAUAGCACUGCAGCUGUCCAGAGCUGUGGAGGAAGAACGAGAUGCAUUUGCAAGUAACAUGUCUACAGCAAACAAAAGUCACAAACGUUCAAAGCAUGGGCACUCUAAAACUGUUUCCACUGACAAAAAGAGUAUGCUACAAGAACAUGACAAUAUAGGAGAUGAACUUGGGAGCUUGUGCCCUAAAAUGGAUCCUGAAGACAGUCAUGAUGAUAUGGUGAAUGUCCAGUACUCAAAAGAAGAUGAGAAGGAUAAUGGUGUCUCUGAGGGAUCAGAUGAUAGUGAUUCUGAAACAAGAGAAACAACUCAUCAUAAAGGUUCGGUUGACCAUACAUUUUCUGGAUGUGAAGAAAUGGUUGACAAUACUGGAGUGGCUCAUAAAGGUCGGAGAGCGGACGUUUAUAAACAACACAUUGAUAAAAGAGCUGGUUUGUCUUUAAGUGUGACCAGUGCUGCGAGAGAUAAAUGGUUUGAUGCUAAGGAGAUAGUGACAGAUAUUCUGGAGGAUUUCACCAUGCCCUCUUCAAUACAGAAGCCAUCCCCUAGGAAACGGUCAAGGUGUACUUUUUGAAAAGCAUUUUGCUGACGCAGUAUAUGUGCAGUUUAUAACUAUUAUAGGACUGAUCAUCGUCAUCAUCCUCGUGAUCUUCGUCGUUAUCUCCUCCUCCUCCUCAUCAUCAUCAUGGUUCCUAUAUUUCACAUAUUUGGCUGAAUGGAGGUGUACUGUAAUCUCCGUUCUAUUUACACAUGAAAACAUCAAUGUUUUGCUUCUAAAGAAUUAACCGGAUAUACUGAUGGGGAUACAUAACCUUCCCAGUUGUCAUUAUUUACUAAAUGUGCAGUCUAAUGUGUCUGUGCUGAAAAAUAUUAAAAAUCAUUCAUGCGACCAGGCGUGGAAACUAAGUCAGGUCAUUUGCAAAGGAACCUAAAAGAAAGCAUGCAUGACAUCCCCGCUGAAGGGGACUUUACACCGAAACACAGAAAGAAUGUGGACCUGUCAUAUCUUGAUGAAAUAUUUUUGUGAUUUCUGAAAUAAAAAUUUGUAUUA